CUAAACUUGGCCCGCGGGAGUUCUGGAAGCUCACACCCUUCCAGGAAAACCGGGGCUCGUGGGCGAUCAUGCCUCCAGCUCACCAAGCCCCCCUGCAGAGCGCAACAAGACUUCGCCUUAGGUUGUUUGUCUUAUCCUGAAGGAGGCUAAGAGGAAUUCUUCAUUUUGAAGUUCCCUAGACAUUUGAUAUUAACAAUGUCAUCCAGACCAUUUGAAAGUCCCCCUCCAUACAGACCAGAUGAAUUCAAACCAUCUCAUUAUGCCCCAAGCAAUGACUUAUAUAAUGGAGAGAUGCAUGUUCGACCAAUGCUUUCUCAGCCGGCCUACUCUUACUAUCCAGAAGAUGAAAUACUUCGUUUUUACAAGUGGACUUCCCCUCCAGGAGUGAUUAGGAUUUUAUCAGUGAUCAUUAUUGUGAUGUGCAUUGGCAUCUUUGCCUGCGUGGCUUCCACACUUGCCUGGGACAGUGGCUAUGGAAGCCCCUUUCUGGGAAGUGGUAUAGGCAGCUACCCUUAUGGAGGAAGUAGUGGCUUUGGAAGUUUUGGUAGCGGCUAUGGCUAUGGCUAUGGCUAUGGCUAUGGAGGAACUUAUACGGAUCCAAGAGCUGCAAAGGGCUUCUUACUGGCCAUGACAGCAUUUUGUUUCAUUGCCUCAUUGGUGAUAUUUGUCACCAGUGUUAUCAGAUCGGGAAUAUCCAGAUCAAGAAUGUACUUCUUAGUGGUGAUCAUUGUAAGUGCUAUCCUAGGCAUUAUGGUCUUCAUUGCUACCAUUGUCUACAUAAUGGGAGUCAACCCAACAGCACAAGCUUCUGGGUCAAUGUACUCUGCUCAGAUCUAUGCUCUCUGCAAUCAGUUUUAUGCACCUACAACAACUGGACUCUAUGUGGAUCAAUAUCUUUAUCAUUUCUGUGUGGUGGAUCCCCAGGAGGCCAUUGCUAUUGUGCUGGGGUUUCUGGUUAUUGUAGCUUUUGCUUUAAUAAUAUUCUUUGCUGUAAGAACCCGAAGUAAGAUGAACAAAUAUGACAAAUCCAACAUUCUAUGGGACAAGGAAAACGUCUAUGAAGAGCAACCUCCUAAUGUAGAGGAAUGGGUGAAGAAUGUGUCCGUAGGUACACAAGAAGUACCCUCACCUCCAUCUGACUAUGCUGAUAGAGUCGACAGUUCCAUGGCAUAUUCCUCUUAUGGAAGAAUGAAUGAGAAACGGCCAUUUCAGGACUCUUCAUACAAAUCAACACCGGUACCAGAAGUGGUUAAGGUGCUUCCAGUGACUUCACCUGUGGAUGAUUUCAGGCAACCGCGGUACAGUAGCAAUGGUAACUUAGCAACAUCUACAAAGAAACUUCAUGGGAAAGGAAGAACUUCGAAAAGAGCUGACCCAGACCACUAUGAAACUGACUAUACUACUGGAGGGGAAUCGUGUGAAGAACUGGAUGAGAACUGGGACAGGGAGUACCCACCAAUAACUUCAGACCAGCAGAGACAGCUUUAUAAGAAAAACUUUGACAGUGGCCUACAGGAAUACAAAAGCUUACAAGCAGAAAUUGAUGAAAUCAACAAAGAGCUCUCCCGCCUAGAUAAAGAACUAGAUGACUAUCAAGAAGAAAGUGAGGAAUACAUGGCUACUGCUGAUGAAUAUAAUCGACUAAAGGAAGUUAAAGCAUCUGCAGAUUAUAAGAAUAAGAAGAAAUAUUGCAAGCAGCUGAAAAGCAAACUGUCUCAUAUCAAAAAGAUGGUUGCAGACUAUGAUAGACAAAAAUCAUAGUCAGUGACUUGAAGUGUUGAGAGACUGUGGAGUAUAUACCCUUGCCUUCUCUGCAAAUGACUUAACCAAUGUUAUCAGAAGACAAAAUAUCUCUAGAGUGUAAUCAAUGAGAAGAUAUCUCUUUGUGACCUUUCUAAAGUUUUGGUAGCUAAAGCUAAUUCAAUUCAGUGGCAUCAGUGUUUAUACCUUUUUAAUAAUACUUUUUGGUAACUUACCUUAACAUUCUGACAUUAAGGGUUUUAGUCUUUCAAUUUGGGUCCUACUAUUAAGGACUAAAUAAAUCUGUUCUGAAGAUGUAAACCUUAAUGACUUCAAAUGUCACCAGUGCUGUGACUUACACUCCAGUCUUCUUUGUCUUCUCAGCUGAAUAUGUAACCUCAUUGAAAAGCUGUCUCUGCAAUAGAGUUGUUUGAGCUCACAAUCCAGGUGAACUCCAUAUAGAGACUCUGACAAUAUGAAAAAUGAAGUUUUUUGCCUUAAAUAUAUUCCCGUCUACUGUGUAUGCUGCGUUCUAAACCACAGCCCCACUGAUUUCUUCUGAAUGGCUUGAAAAUUGUUUUUAUAAGAGUAAACUAUUUUCCUGAGCUGAUGCUCCAUAACCACAAUUAUGCAAAAAUAACAAGUGUAUUAAAUUUAAAAGUGUAUAUAUUUUACUUUUUUAAUCAGGGCAUUUAGAUUCAUUAUGAUGUAGGUUAGAAUUUUUGUCUUGUACUUUUAAAUGACUGUUGUUCACCUGUUAUGGUUUACAUGUUGUUUUUUGGUUGUUGUUGUUUUUUAACCAAUUAGAUGGUCUGUAUAAUAAAACAUAAAUUACUUUUGUAAUACAGUUAUAACUUGAAUUAUAUCUUGCUGGAAUGUUUAAGCCCUGUACAUAGUUUUACUGAAAAUUCAACCUGGUUAAUUAACAACACACCCUUUUUUUUUUUUUUAAAGUGAGGCAAUUGGGGUUAAGUGACUUGCCCACGGUCACACAGCUAGUAAGUGUUAAAUGUCUGAGGCUAGAUUUGAACUCAGGUACUCCUGACUCCAGGGCCGGUGCUCUCUCCACUGCACCACCUAGCUGCCCCCCUUUUUUGAUAUAAUGUGAGUGCUCACCAUGUUAUUAGGAUGUGGAAAAACCUCGUGCUCAAUGGAAGUAAUUCUGGUGGUAGCAGUGUGAAAGGUUCUAUUCACACUAUGCUGGUUGUGAGUUAUGCUGAUUGUCAGGUUGCCAAGAUUUUGGAUGUGGACAACGGAUUUAUGUGAACACUGGAGAUAAUGGCAGUUUAUGGAAUAGAGAUAUCUAGUGGUGUCAUCCAGUCUAAGUGUGUUUCAUUUGUUCUAAAGUUAAAAGUAGUUAAAUAAAUUUAGCUCAACUGGUGCUGACUGCUGUUCAUCUUACCCUACCACAGUUUAGAAAUGCUCUUAUAAAAGCCCAUGUUGUGCUUUUAUAGAACUAUCCUGACUUAACUUUGCACCUUUAAUCUUAAAACACAAGCUUUAGUGCGUUCAAGACACUUAACAAGUAUGACUUACUAAUGAUGAUGAAGUAUCAUUUCCAAAGACAUGAGUCAUUGGUAAAAGGAUGAAUGUAUCCUGUUUUAUUGGUUAUUGAAUUAAUUUCUUCAAAUUGAAGAAAUUUAUUUUUUGUGUGCUAUAUACCUGAAAACGCAUAGUCCAUUAACCUCAAAGAACAGUAUAUUUAUACCAUAAAC